CAGGUAAAAAUGUCGAGGAAAUAUCUUUCAAUCAACCAAGUUGAUGAUCAUGUUGAAGGCUGGACGGUGUUAAUUCAGGUGGUGGAACGCAGCCAUAUCAUGCUCGAUCGAAAAGGUUCAACUACACUUAGACGUCACCUGUUAACUGAUUCAGAGGGAACUUUAGUUUCAGUCACCAUAUUUGGAACUCACAUCAAACAUUUUGACAAGAACAAGAAAUUGCUCCCUUUCAAAAGAUACUACAUUUCAAAUGCAAAGGUUAAGGAAGCUGAACCCAUGUACACGGAGAAUCGUUCUUUUGUGGUAAACAGCAUAAAGGCAGGCACUUAUAAAGAUCCAACAAUUUUGUUCUCACCUCCUGCCGACCAAGACAUUUUAGACAUUGAAACAGCACUAGCUAUUUUGAAGGAUGAAAAAACUGCUUGGGUAAAAGGAACUCUAAAACUAGCAGCCAAUCAUCGCUCGAUGUGGUUUAGUGCAUGUGGAAACUGUCAAAAGUCUAUUAACGCUCCUCUAGAUUGGAACAUAAAAUGCCCAACUUGCAACCAAGAAACCACUGUGACAGCAAGAUGUCGUCUCAAGAUAAUCAUUUGUAACGAAACAGCAAAAAUGAAUGCAUAUCUCUAUGGAAAAGAUGCUGAAAAUCUGAUACCUUUCACACCUUUGCAAUUAAAAGAAGCAGAGCUCCAGGGGCGGAGUACUUAUGCUGAAGUGGCAGCUGCAAUAGGGAAAAAAGAAGUCAUUUGUUUUGUUCGCCAUUACAGCAUUGACUCUCCCAGAGCAAGUAAUCAAGAAACAGGUAGCCAAGUCGGAAAUCACCACAGGUACACCGUUAUCAAACUGUACACAGCAGAAGAAACUCAACAGAGAAAAUUAAACCACUUGGUUGAUCCUUUUGAUACCUCU